AUGCGGUGGUGCCUUGCGUUGCUUGUCAGCGCCCUUGUGGCUUCGGUAAAUGCUCUGAGUAGCUCUGGCAGCCGCCUGUUGGUGGUCUUGGACGAUACCACAGAGAAGAGUGCUUACUCGACAUUGUGGUCCGAUUUGGAAGGUCGCGGAUAUGAUCUGUCCUUCGAAUCCCCCAAGAGUGACAAGCUGUCCCUCUUCGAACAUGGCGAAAGAGCUUACGACCACCUCCUUAUCCUUCCCCCAAAGUCGAAGGGACUCGGCCCUAACCUGACCCCGAAGAAUAUCCUGGACUUUAUGAACAAGGAUGGCAACAUCCUCCUCGCCCUCUCCGGCAAGGCCUCCACCUCUAGCGCCAUCAGCUCCCUUCUCCUCGAAAUUGAUAUCCAUCUGUCCAAUGACCGCUCCGCCGUCAUUCUUGACCACUUCAACUACGACACAAUCUCUGCCGCUGAGAAGCACGAUGUUCUCUUGCUCGAGCGCCCUGGUUCCUUGCGUUCCGAUGUCAAGGCAUUCUUUGAUGGCGAGGGUGUUCUCGCUCUCCCGCGUGUCGCCCCCCAGACCUUGGGUAGCGACAGUCAGCUUAUUGCCCCGAUUUUGCGAGCUCCUGCCACCGCUUACGCGUACAACCCCAAGGAGGAGAUGCCUUCGCCCGACGACAUCGAAGCCACUGGCUCCCAGUUGAACAUUGUCUCGGCUGUUCAAGCCCUCAACUCGGCCCGUUUCGUUGUUCUGGGCUCCGUCGAGGCUCUGGAGGACCAGUGGUUCUCCGGCUCUGUCAAGGCUCCCAACGGCAAGAAGGUUCCCACGGUCAACCGUGAGUUUGCUAAGCAAUUGACUGGUUGGGCUUUCAAGGAGACUGGUGUCCUGAAAGUCGGAAAGAUUGAGCACCACCUGGCCACCGAUGGUGAGGUGGCCGCUGAGAACUUGAACCCCAAGAUCUACCGUGUUAAGAACGAGACUGUUUUCAGCAUUGAGGUCUCGGAAUACUCCUAUGACAAGUGGGUACCCUUCGAGGUCCCCGCCGAGGAUGAGCUGCAGCUUGAAUUCACUAUGCUCUCACCCUUCCACCGCUUGGCCCUCAAGCCUAUCAGCCGCACCGAAACUAGCGCUGUGUACAGCACCGAUUUCACUAUUCCAGACCAACACGGUAUCUUCUCGUUCCGCGUUAACUACAAGCGUCCCUUCCUCACCAGUAUUGAGGAGAAGCACGAGGUCACCGUGCGCCACUUUGCGCACGAUGAAUACCCUCGCAGCUGGGCUAUCACUGGCGGUUGGGUGUGGAUCGCCGGUCUGUGGUCGGUGAUCGGAGGUUUCCUGGCCUUCGUCGUUGUCUGGUUAUACUCGGCACCUGCGGCAAACAAGGUCAAGAAGACCCAGUGA